UGUGGGGAGGUUGUUUUUUUUUUUUGUUUUUUUUUUAAUGUAAGUAUUUUUAAGAGAACUCUAGAAUCUAUCUUGUCUUGGUUUGUUGGAUAAUGUUACCGGAAAAAGACUCAGCAGUCCUAAAUCUCAGCUGCACACAGAACACUAAUCAAACGCGCUAGUGUAGUUUUGACGUAAGAAACGUAAAUAUUAACUCAUUAUUUUUCGGAUUCGUUGUUUAACGGAAUAAACAGAGAAGCAUGCCGUUAUUUCCAGCCCUGAGGUGUCCCACUGUCCAACUCUCCAAUGGUCUGGAAAUCCCAAUACUUGGAUUAGGUACAUCUCAUCAUGGCGGAUACUCACAUGAUGCCAUCCUGUACGCUCUCACUGAAUCUGGUAUUCGCCACCUUGACACAGCAAAGCGCUAUGGCUGUGAGGAGAAGCUGGGCAAAGCUAUCAAAGAGAGCGGGCUGCAACGAAGUGAACUAUGGCUCACUAACAAACUCUGGCCUGGGGACUAUGGAUACAAAGCUGCACAAAAAGCUUGCCUGAACUCCUGCGCAGCAAUGGGGGUUGAAUAUUUUGAUCUGUACCUGAUGCAUUGGCCGGAGUCAUUAAAACYUGGUUGUUCUAACCGAGAGAUUAGAGCUGAGACAUGGAAAGCUCUGGAGGACCUUUACAAAAAAGGGAUUUGUCGUGCUAUUGGGGUGAGUAAUUUUUUGGUCCACCACCUGGAGCAGUUGAAGGAAGACUGUAGUGUGGUGCCACAUGUUAACCAGGUGGAGUAUCAUCCUUUCCAACAGCCCAAACACCUGAUGGAGUACUGUCGGAAGAAUGGGAUAGUGUUUGAAGGCUACAGUCCCCUGGCCAAGGGUCAAGUCCUCAAUGAUCCUGUUGUACAACAAAUAGCAAAAAAGCACGGACGGACGACUGCUCAGAUCUGCCUUCGCUGGAGUAUUCAGAAUGGAGUUGUCACAAUUCCAAAGUCCAUCAAGAAGAACAGGAUACAGGAAAACUGCCAAGUGUUUGGGUUCCAACUCGAUGAGAAAGACAUGGUUGCUUUAGGAAAGCUACAUGAUGGACGGCACAUAAGUUGGGAUCCUACAAACGUGGAUUGAAAUUGACCAGGAAAARCAAAAGGAAGGAAAGUCCUGGUAAUAACUUUGUGAGUGACAGCUGGGGAAACGGUCUUUUCAUAGGGGGGCACUGAUGAGGAUUUCCUUCAAGUCUUAACUUCGCAUGACAAAMUGCAUGGGAAUUCAGUGUGGUUAGYAGGCUUUUUGUAGUUUUACCUCCUUUAAAGUUUCGUAUUUAAAACGUGACAAUUUCACUUUUUUAGUAUUAUUUGAAGWCGAUUAUCUUCUAUAAUUGUUGUAGUACUUCCAUCAUUGGAUACAUUUUUAGAAUAAAUCUUCAAAUUGUGUACAGUUAAUGUUGGGAAUAAAUUUUAUGUUUUCAACCGUAUCAAUUAAUUUAAUAAAUAAUACUCUCAUAUAUUUGGUUUUCAAAGUCUAAAAAUCAAGACUAUAAAACUUACCAGGAGUAAAAUACAGUUAUGUGCUUUAAUAUUUGGUACAUGAUCCUUUUGUAAAUGCCUGCAUCUUWWKUGAUGGGACUUAAAAGUGUUAAACAUUGAAAUAAAAAUAAAAGUAUGUUAAGUGUGGCAGUACCGUUUCAUAUUUUGCAGAAAUUUAGUAAAAACUCGCUUUUAUGCGAGUUGUUGAAUGAUCUAGAACACAGUUUAUGCCAUAAAAGGUUCAAAUUGAACCAUCGGCCUUGAUAACAACCCAUACUGGAUCUGAACAGAAACGUCUGAAGCGCCAACUAUUGGGGAAAAAAAAAAAUAUACAGGACUGUGUGGAACGUUGCUGAAGUUACACUGCUGUAACUUCAGCAACUCCUACAUUUCUCUAACUUUUUAGGACACAAAAGGACGAGAAAAGCCUUAGUUAGCAAUAUCAUUUAAUCUUUCCCCCUCAGAAUCACUGUUGCACAUAAGUUACAUUUUGUUUUUUGUUUUAUUUUUCAAUUUCACAGGUUCUUUUUUCCUUUCUUCAAACUUCCAGUUUGAGCUCCCUCUCGUAUCAAACAAACACAAAAAAAAAAGAAAGCAGAUUGUAUUAUACAAAAAUGCAAACCAAUUUUCACACAGUGAAUUCUCUUACAAAGUCAUAAAAUGGCGUAUUAAUGGCUACAUCCACAUUGGAGGAAGAUAAUUCUAGACAUUCCUUAAUGGAGUAUAAUAUACAUAUAAAAACCUUUUUUUGUCUUUUUCUUGCUGAAAUCAAACCUGUACCUUAAUUUAAGAGAUAUUUUACAAGGGAGUAAUAAUAUAAAAAUCCAUUUGUGAAUUUCCUCAGAAAGUCUGAGAAUAAAAUGUGAGCCUCAAACAGCAGUAACAGAGGUCAGUGGUCAAGGGUGUGGGUGGUUGUUUUUUAUCAUCAAAAGGGUGUAGGCAGCAGUUUCACUCAAAACAAAACACACAAGAUUGAAAUAAACAUCUUUGCCAUUUACUAUAAAGUAAACUUCCCUCAUACAAUCACUGCACAAACGCUCUGCUAAGUGGAUAGGUGUGUUAGGCUCAUUCAGACCUGCGGUGACCCACCAAGCAGAACAAGCUUUUUGGUAGUUUUGGCUUUCUCAAACUUAGAGCUCUCAUUGGUACGACUCUAAAUUGUGAUGUGUUCGUUCUUUUUUUUUUCCAGAUCUAAUGCUCCUUGAACAAAUAAUGUAAAAAGAGCAUUUCAGAGGAAAUGAAAUCUAAGAAACUUCCUGGUUAUUGUCACUGGAGCGGUAGUGGGGCGAGGGGGAGAGAAGACCCAAACCUGUUCUAAAAUCUUAACACUACGACCAGGUACAGCACAAUUAAAGGGGAGUAACCAAAACAAAACAAAAAAAGGAAAAAAAAAGAAAAAAAAAAAAAAAAGAAAAAUGAGGGUACGUUUCCUACAAUACAAUCUAGCACACACGAAAAAACAUCUCCAUAUAAAUUUUUCCAAAGUUACAGAUUUUUGUCUUCUUCGGAAGCAUAUUCUAUAAAGAACAACUUUGUUUGAACACAAAAGAUUUAAGUGAACACACAUCAAUGCACACAGAGGUCCUUCGUCUGGAAAAGGAUAAAGUCUGUGUUGGCAACCAGUGGACAGAAAAACAAAUAAAAAAAAAAAAGAAACAAA